CUUCUCCGCUUCCGGUCGUCGUCGCCGCUGCUGCUGCUGCUUCUGCUGCGGGGCUGAGGCGGAGGCCGAGUGAUCGGGCGGCGGCGGCGGCGGCGGCGGCGGCGGCUGACGGGGAGGAGCCGGUGGGCGGGCGGAGGGAGGCGGCGGCGGCUUCGGGAAAGAGAGGGAAGCGGCAGUGAGUAGAGCGAGCGCGGCAGCAGCCCCGCCCCGCCGCGUCUAGACCCGAGUCCGCUGCCGCCCCCGCCCGCCCGCCAGCCCGCCCCAGCCAUGUCCGCUUCGGCCUCGGGCAGCGGCCCCGGGCCCGGCCCCCAGCAUAGCCAGAGCCGGGCCAUCCCCACCCGCACCGUGGCCAUCAGCGACGCUGCGCAGCUACCUCACGACUACUGCACCACGCCCGGGGGCACGCUCUUCUCCACCACGCCGGGGGGAACUCGAAUCAUCUAUGACAGAAAAUUCCUGUUGGAUCGUCGAAAUUCUCCCAUGGCUCAAACCCCACCUUGCCACCUCCCUAAUAUUCCAGGAGUCACCAGCCCUGGUGCCUUGAUUGAAGACUCCAAAGUGGAAGUGAAUAAUUUGAACAAUCAUGACAGGAAACCUACUGUAGGGGAUGACGCUCAGUUUGAGAUGGACAUCUGAUCAGUCUCCAGAUGACAGGAGAAGCAACAACUCGAAUACCUGCGUGGACCUGAUUUGACCAAUAGGAUUGAGAACUGAAAAGACAGAAGAGGCAGUAGCAGCAUUCUCCAUUGCAGUCUCCACCUCAUCCUCCAGGUGCCAAAGGAUAAGAAGACUAGCUCCCCUUCAUUGACUUUUCUCCUUUGCUCCAGUGUCCCUUACCCCAUUUGGACUGAAUCAAGGCCCCUAGCAUAUUCCUGCAGAGAUGAGCCUGUGUAGGAAGGGAGCCGAGCCUUCACCCUCCCAGCCAUCUUCCCAUCAAGGUGGAAAGCUCACUUCCAUCCUAGGCUGGAUGCCAGUUACCAACUACUACAAGGCUGGGGAGGGAGAUACAUGUAGGUUUGUUGAAUACAACAUUAUCCAUUUCUCUUCCCCUUUGCCCUCCUCCUGCCCCUCAUGCUUCAGGACUGAGUAGUCAGAAUGCAGGUUGCUGGUGUUUUGACUUUCAGAGCUGUCAAGAGUAGGAGGGGACAUGAGUUGCCACUUAUCUUGACCUCUGGUAUCCCUCAAAGGAAGAGCUUUCUCAAAUGCUUCUGUGAAACCUGGGUUCUUACUACCCAGCCUGUAAUGCUUUGUGGCUCAAAAUCUGUCUAUUCCCUCUACCUUUUUUCCUUUAGGGCAGCAUGUCCUCUGUCUAGGACAUUGCCUCACCUCACUAUCCUUUCCCCUUAUGUACCUGUUGGAACAAAACUUUUUUAAACUUUGUACUUCAAAGGCAGGGAGCCAUUAGUAUCCAGCUUUGGUGCCUCUUCUCUUACUCCUCCCUGAAAUUCCUGUCUGCAGAAACGAAUUUCCCUUGUUCUUCUCAAAUGUCCUCCAUUAGCACCAAGAGCAGGCAACAUUGGGCACCUACUUCAUUGUUGCUCUUUCUUUGAUUCUAGAUUGAAACUUGAAAAAUGACCUCUUCCAAGUUGGUUUGGAAUACAUUUGGAGACCUAGUCUCAGUAGUCAACUUCUCUCAGGUUGGCAAACAAGCUUUCCAUUCUUUCUGUUGCCCUGGCUUCACUGUCUCUUGGAUUCUACAAACAAGAAUUCGGGGUAGAAUUUGAGACUGGUCUUAGAAUUGACCCAAACUUUCUCCUUGUGUAGUUCUGCUUUCUGUGGCUGACAGAUGUAGAACUGGAGAUAAACAUGGGCUUAGUUUCACCCUUGCUGUCUUUCUUUCCCUCCCUUUCCCAAGCUUCCCAUUGUAUUCUGUUGUUUCCCUGUAUUUUCUUGUUUCUCUGCCAGUCUGUUUUGUAGCCUGACAUCAAAGGUACCUUGAUCUGAGUUGGUAUCUGAUAACAUCAACACUCCUAGGUUAGGAGUGAACCUUUAUUUUUAAGAUGACUACAGACCUAUUUUCUAGAAACAUUUUCAGUCAAAUUCUGAACAGCAACUUUUUCAUUGAACAUCUUCCAGUAUCAGGAAGGUGAGAGGUCUCUGUGGAGUAGUCUUGCUGUUCUAAUGCCAUCAUCUUCUGUUUUUGCCCAAUUCUUUUGAUUUAUACUUUUGUACUUUUCUCUAUGACUGUGUGUGCAUGUUUAGGGUUUGUAGUGGGUAAUUCCAUAUAAUUAGAUCAUUCUGCCUUGCGCUUUGCCUUUCCUUUUUCCUUCUUUUCCUUGGCUCUAAACAAAUAGUUGGUUUCCCUUUGGAUCCCAGGCUCCUCUGAUUACUGCCUGUUAUUGUCCCCGCCCUUCCUUCCACUAGACUCUUGGCUUGUGUGAUUGAAUUUCUUAGCAUCCCAGGUUCUGAUAUUGAGAGCUCAGUUCCCUGGGUAAAAGUCACAAGCCUGUACAGCUUUUUUAAAAAGCUAUUUGUUUUCAUUCUGAGCUAUGAAAAGUCCCUGGUGGUGUAUACAUUUUCACAUGAGACAGAAAAAUUUCUUAGGAACUUGAUUCUGUUCUCUACUACAAAAUGGGAAUAGUUAAAGGAACAGAAACCUUUGGACAUUGUCAGUGUUUCUCAGGAAUAAGCUACAUGGGUAGCUUUUAGGGGAUGUUUGCAUUGUAAAAACUUGGAGCUGAGAAGAGUGACCAUACCAAAAAAAAAUCCUUAUCUCCACCUUAGUUCUAAUUAAAUUCCUCCAAAGUAUGGCUUUCCAUAUUCUUAAAAAAAAAAACAACUUUUAAGUUGAAUAACAGGACCCAUUUGGAAUUUUUUUGGUCCAAGAAAGAGCUUGGUCUAGUUCAAUAGUUGGCAUUGAGUGGACCAGACAGCCAAUUUAUUGAUGAGUCAAAACAACAAAGAUCAGUUUGGGCUUCAUUGUUAAUAACAUGGAAAAACUCAAUAGUUUCUUUGAACAAAAAAGAGGGAUUAGAAACACAGUUUUAAAACAAGGAACCAUUGUAGUACUCGUUCCCCCUUUUUAAUUUAAUUUAAUUUUUUAAACCUUUAUCUUCCAUCUUAGAAUCAAUACUGUGUAAAGGCAAUGGGGGUUAAGUGACUUGCCCAGGGGGUCACACAGCUAAGAAGUGUCUGAGGCCAGAAUAAUUGUUGCUUUUUAAGGGGAAGGUUGCAACCAAAUCGUCUUCCCUCUCUUUUAAACCUUCCCACCCUCUUCUCUGAGGUUGAAGGUCUCCCCCCAAAAGAAGUGCUCUUUUGAUGCUAACCCCACGAGGUUUUCUGAUCCUACUGUCGGUGAAUGUUUUUGAAUAAAAUACAAGGCCCAGCCGCUGGCUUGAACACCCAGUUGCAGCCAAGCACAGUAUUCCUAGUAGCCAGAGGGAAAGUUUGGAUGCUGUGGGCUGGCAUGUUCUCUUUUUAGAAGUCUCCUGGAAUCCUGGUUUCAUGCCCUUAAGGUGGUGUUCAAGAAAUUUUUUGGAGAGAGGGCCUUUGCAAUCUAGGUGACCCUUAAUUUGCAUUUUCCUUUCUAUGUAGGCACUCCUUUUCUGAGCCAUUGGAAAUAAUCCUCAUUUUACUGAGAAAUGACCCACCUUUCUUGUUCUGGUCUUCUCCCUACUGGUUCUGACAGCAACAUCUGGAAGGUCAAGAAUCAAAUUCCUUCCAUAUCUACUUCACUGAGUAUAGAUGAUCCAGGUGCUAAAGAUCACUAUAAUUUAGUGAAAUGGCCCUUCCAGGGAUCUAUUGCCAAGAACCUUGUUCUUUUUAUUCCCACCCCAUAAAGAAUGAAAUUGAGGCAUAAAGCAGUGAGCUGAAGCUUUAUCUCUAUGAUUUAUUGCUACUGAAAACAUGAUUGACUGCCAAAAGUUAAACCAGAGAGAAGAGAGCUUUGAAGUCUUAAUAACUAAAUCUCUUCUCCACAGAGCUUCUGGUGUCAAACAUGGUGAAUGAGUGAAUGAGUGAGUGAAUGAGUGAAUAAGGAGGGGUAUCCCCUUUACAGAGGAAACUCUGUAUGGCUCUCAGCAGAUUGAGACCUUUUUUGUCCCAUCUUAGUCAUAUAGGCUUACAUUUUCCCCCUGACCCCUCCAUAUUUCUUCUCAUUAUCCCAAAUGCCAGAUUUUAAUUUCUGAUGACUAGGUUCAGAUCAUCUUUUUUGGAAAGUCACUUAACUUCUCUUGGCCUCAAUUUUCCUUAUCUGUAAAGGAAGAGAGAGCUAGAUCAGAUGACUUCUGAAGUCCCAGUUCUAGAUCUCAUGACUAUGACUUAGGAAUUUCCAGGUCAAGGUAUUUAGGCUAUUCCUCUGAGGAACUGUGGUAGAACUAAUAAAGUUGAGGGAACAGGGCAAGGUCAAACCAGAAUCAUUAAGCAAUGACCCCAUUUGAGAGAUGUGAUCUGAUUAACAGAGAUCAUGGUUUGAAGAGAAGCAGAUGUGGCAAAAGAGCCAGGCUAUAGAGAAACAGAAGAUUGGUUGGUUUGCCAAACCCAAGGCAAGAGUAUCAGAAAUUAGAAUGAGCAGAGAUAGAGGAAGCAGCCUUCUAGGAUUUAGUUUGAAUUAGAGAGGAGAGAAGAGAGUAGAGGCCCUAAGUGCUUGACCGCACCUGAAGACAUCCUCUUCUGCCUUACCUUGGUUUUCUAGUUAAAACUUCUACAUUAUUUUGAUAUGUGUUUAUAAAAUUAGACCAACCUCUUAUUUAGGUUGAACUUUAGUGAGUCAUCCUUGCUUUUCUCAGCAGCAUUUUUCUCCCCCUCAUAAGAAAUAAGAGAUUCCUGCAUUAAAAAUGCAGUAUGUUAAUGUUAUGUGUUUGGGUGUCAACAUUUAUCUGUAAAGAGUUUGAGCAGAUUUCUAAUUCUUUCUCGCUUUCUUUACUUCAUUGUCAGUCAGAUUGGCAUCUUCUGCCAUUUGUGGGAAAGUGGGUCUUAAGAAUGUCAUCUCCAUUGUGCCCACUGGCCCCCUUAAUAUUCUAUUGUAGCUUCAAAAGAGAAUCCUUUUAUUGGGCCUAGGCUAAAGUUCUUUCUCUGUUCCCAGCAAUGCAGUUGUUCUGAAUCAACAUUUCCUUUGAUAGUUGAAGAGUUGAUUGAUAGUCUUUCCUGCUUGGAAAGGUGCCUGGUUCCAAUCCCCAUGAUCAGGCAAUCAGUCAGUGAAAUAUUUAUUGUCUGCGGUGUGUAAAAGUUCCAUUCAUUUUAAAUGUCAAGGUGCUUCAAGUAGCACUGUGUGUGUGACUAUCUAGGUGGGAGCCUCUCUCAAGUUUCUUCUCUUCUUCCCAAAUUGGACGAUUAGGUGUUGGAGCAAUUGCUUUGGGCUUCCUUGUUCUUAAACCCUUUGUUGGCUCUUUACCAUGGCCUCUUAACUGCAGAAAUUAGGAACUAUGGCAUUAGGAAACACCUUGCAGGAGAGAGAUCUCCAUCUCCUGUUACCUGUAUUUUGCCUGCAGAGGGCAGUGUCUGAAUCAGAGCUUCCCCUUCCUUUGGCAAUCAUUCUUCGGAGUAAAGUAAAGCCCUUCCUCUGCUUCCUUCUCAUUGGUUCAGAGCUUUCCCCACUUUGCACAUCUCUGGACCAUAGGUCUGUGGGCAGCUGUUGGGCUCUUUAUUAAUCUGCGUAACCCAAUCACAUUUAGAGAUGGGGUAGAAAGGGUUCGUUGAAAUGAGUGCUUCAUUCUUAGAAAUCUGUUUGAAUUCUGGAUUUUGUUGGGCUUUGACCGUCCUUAUAACUCAAUUGUUUUUCAUUUUCCCUAAAUGAAGAUGGACCCAGAGCCGAGAGGAGAAAUUGUGGACCUCAGUUCUAGCGACUUAAGUCUUGUCACUGUUUUGCUUAUGGUUUUUGUUUUGGAGUUGAGGUUCUUUUAAUAGUAGACUGGAAGCCAAGUCAAAAUUGUAUAUUUUUUUUCUCCUAAAAUUACCAGGAUUUGGUUGGUAUAUGGCUUAUUUAUUUUCUCAACCCCCCUCCCCCCCCCCGGAAUAUUAACGACUUCCUUUGGGCUGGUCCUAGAAGUUGCUCCCUUUUGUUAAAGCUAAAAUACAGGAAAGGCCUUUUGGUUCUUUUGUUAAUCUUACUGUGGUUCCCCUUUCCUUAAACUCUGCAGACCUGCAGAUUACAUUUUAUGUCUGGAAUGUUGGAAUGAAAACUUGAGGAUCUGGGAAGUGCGACUGAGAUGACAUAAGUUCCCUCAGGUGUUUAAACUCUUCUGCUCUCUGCCUAACGAUUGGAAUAGGUGGAGAGAUGCUUGGAAGCUUGAUAAUCAUUUAGCCAAAUGGGAUUCUUGAAAGGGAAGUUUCUUCAGUAUUAAGAGAGCUUUGCUUCUUGAAACUGAAGUUACUCAACAUCCUAGGCUUGGAAGACUCUGUGAAUCCAGCAAGUGUGGGAUGCCCAUUCUAGCCCCCAUGUUCCUUCACUACUUUUUAGUCCUGAUCUUAAAAACAAACAAACUCAUCUGUGCCAAGGGUAAUUUACUUGAAACUAUGGGACUAGCCCCAUCCUAUACAUAGAAUAGAGAUCAGACUAGACGAGCAGGAUGAAUGAUCCAUCCCACUUAAUAACUUCCCCAUGUCUGUGUUAAGCAUCACCGGGCAUUGGUGGUCCAGUGCCUUUCCUUCACCUCAAGAUGGAAUCCAUCUAUUUCUACCUUGGUGAAGCCACUCUCUUCCUGAGGGGGGUGAGGUAGGCCUUGAAGGUGUCUUGGAGAACCCAAAGGACACUUGUAUAUUGGGUGUCCAUUUUAAGCUUCUUUUUAAUAAUCUUUUAUAAAGAAAAUGUUCCCUCCCCUUGCCCAGUCUAGCUGCUUCCCCCCCCCCCCCUUUGUCCUCUUGCCCCUUUCUUUUCAGUGCCAUUCUGAAUCAAAAGCUAUGGGUAGCCAGAAAUUGUGCUGAGACCACCCUGGCUAUCUCCUUACCCACUCAUCCUUCCCACUCCCUUCCUUUUCAUUAUCAUUCUGGAUGGAAGUCAGAGGCUGCCAGCCAAGGCCUUUAGGCACUUCUGCAUAAUUCCAUGGGUUUUGUGGGGUUUUUUUCUUUUGUUUUCGCUUUGGUUUUUACUUUAAUUGUUCUUCAAAACCAACUGGUAUUUGGAAACAUAGGAAAACUCUCACCAACGGUUGCUGUUAGUUAGAUCAAUAAAGAUCUUGACUAAAA